AAAUGGAGAAGCAGAAGUGUCAAGAAGAAAAACAGGACAUCUGCACGGCUGCAAACCGGAUUUGCGUUAAAAGGCAAACAACAACAUCCCACCACUUUCCUCUAAUGCAAUCCAUAACUGACAAUUAAUGUCAAGCAGCACAUCGGUGCAGCAUUAUGCUGCCUUGCUGGAAGGAACACUGCUAAUGGAAAGAAAACCUUAUAAGAUUCAAUGCAUUAAAUACAUAUAAAUGCAGCAGAAUGCCUUCAAAAGUCUCAUGCUUGUACGUGUUGACAGUCGUUUGCUGGGCAAGUGCUCUUUGGUACUUGGGUAUAUCCCGCCCGACAUCCUCCUAUGUCAGUGGGCAGAUGUCUUUGCCGAUCCGGAAGACUGUGAAAACCCUUAAGAACACUACGUUCAGCAACAUCCGGACGCGAACGCUGAACCCACACGCCUUCGACUUUGUCAUCAACGAGCCUAAGAAAUGUGAGAGCAACACGCCCUUCCUGGUCAUCCUGAUCAGCACCACACACAAAGACUUUGAUGCUCGUCAGGCCAUCCGGGAGACCUGGGGCGAUGAGAGCACCUACAGCGACAUCCGCAUCAUCACCCUCUUCCUGCUGGGCCGCAACACGGACGCUGUCCUCAACCAGAUGGUGGAACAGGAAAGCCAGAUCUUCCACGACAUUGUGGUGGAGGACUUCAUAGACUCAUACCACAACCUCACCCUCAAGACCCUGAUGGGCAUGCGCUGGGUGGCCACCUUCUGCUCCCAGGCCCAGUACGUCAUGAAGACAGACAGUGACAUCUUCGUCAACAUGGACAAUCUGGUCUACAAGCUUCUGAAGCCCACCACCAAGCCCAAGAGGAGGUACUUCACGGGCUACGUCAUCAACGGCGGUCCCAUCAGAGACAUGCGCAGUAAGUGGUACAUGCCCAGAGACCUGUACCCCGAGGCUAAGUACCCCCCGUUCUGCUCGGGCACGGGGUACGUGUUCUCAGUGGACGUGGCUGAGCUGAUCUACAAGACCUCUCUGCACACCAGACUGCUUCACCUGGAGGAUGUGUACGUGGGACUGUGUCUGAGGAAGCUGGGAAUCCACCCCUAUCAGAACAGUGGCUUCAAUCACUGGAAAAUGGCCUACAGCCUGUGCAGGUACCGUCGUGUUAUCACUGUCCAUCAGAUCUCACCGGAAGAAAUGCACCGAAUCUGGAACGACAUGUCUAGCAAGAAACACCUCAGAUGCUAGUGGCACCUGAGGACAACUCAACUUGGACUCUUCUUCUUUUUCUGACAGCAUUAGCUCUCUGUGGGCUACUAGCAUACUACUGGAUCCACUCUGUAGCUGUUGGGUGCAUGAAGCUUGUAAAGCGCAUGUUCUCAUUCAAACACACACUAAAAUAGUCUUGUUGCUAGUCAUUUUGUAAUCUGUCUAGAAUUCCAACUAUAGACUUCACAAACUCAUUUUGAUGAACAUUUACUCUGUAAUGUACAUUUUUAAAGUAACAUUUACAAGUGAAACCAGAGAGUUAUUAUUGAAAGAAAAAAAAUAUUUAUUUGUCAAUGUAAAUCUAUAUACUUUAUGUCAAGUUCUCAUGCUGUUUUGGGGGAUGCCGGGAAUUUCCUUACAGCGGGACAAAGCCUCACCCACAUCAUGUCUCAUCCCUCCUACCAAUCUUAUGGCUGGUCAACUACUGUACACACAAUAAUAAUACAUACAAUUUGAAAUGGCAAAUAACGCUGCAACAAUGACAACAAACAUAGACCAAGUGUGAAUGUUGUUGGUUGUUUUCAUAUUGUUGCCAUUUAUUAAGAAAUGAAGACAUCUCUGCUGGAAUGGUAUUCAACACUGUCGGUAGUGAUGUUCACUACUGCAGUGUUCAAAACUACAUGUGCGGGUAAAACAGAUGCUAUACAUUUUUAUUUGCCUGGGUAUUUUUGGUUUAAAUAUCGGUGUAAAUGUAGGCUAACUGCCACUUCUUCGGGAAAGAAACAUUGAUGUAAUUGAUAUCUUUUUUUUACUCUAUUAUUUUUCUUACGGUGUACUUUAAGUAAUUAAUAGUGUCAUGCUACAGGCUUCUGAUAAAACUGGCUUCUAUUACUUUAUACUGUACGUAGAGAGCUGAUUCAUUAACAAUUCAUUACCGCUACCAAGUCUCAACAGGCAUAAAUAUCAUCUUGUGCAAGUGACAAUUUACAUAGCAACAACUAUCUACAUUCACAAAUGAAUGUAUAAUCAUGUCUACUUGGCAUAUCUUUACUGAAGCACUGCUUUUGAAGUAAUGUGAAGUAAUUAUAUUUUCUAGAACUUGGAUGGCUGUUAUGGUCCAAAUGUAAUUCAAGUAUUUUUUUAAAAGUCUAGUAUUAUACUGAACAAAAAUAUAAAUGCAACAUGCAACAAUUUCCCU